AUGUCUUUUGGGGCCAGCGUGAAUGUCCUGCAAUGCCUGAUGGAGCAGCUCAAGCUGGAUGCCAGUGUGGAGAGUAUCAAGGCCUCACAGGCACCUGCAGAGCUUCAACAGUACUGCACGUAAAAUGCCUGCAAGGAUGCCCUGCUGGUAGGUGUUCCAGCUGAAAGCAACACUUUCUGGGAGCUCAGAUCCUGUGCUUUAUUCUAA